CUUUGUAUACUAUCAGCAUAAUAUCAAAAUCAAUAAGAAAAGAUCAGAAGAUAGUGAUUCAUAUCAAUAAUAUUAUUUUGUCCCAUAUCUCCUCCAAACUGUAAAGAUCCUAUACAAGCUUUUAUUAGCCAUAUCACACGUUAACAUGUAUAUAUAAACACUACUAGUCACCCCUUCUUCAAAGUUAUCAACCACAAGAGUGUGCAUCUUCCUACCUAUAUACCAAUCGAUCGAAUUGUCGUGUUUUUCUUCUUUACCAUACAUUGUUUUCUUAAAGUUGUAGUCGUCGAGUAUGGCUAUCGAUACUCAAUUUCAUGUCCUAGCCGUUGAUGAUAGCAACAUUGAUAGAAUGCUCAUUCAAAGGCUCCUUACCACAUCCUCUUUCCAAGUAACCGCAGUGGAUUCAGGCACCAAAGCAUUAGAGUUGUUGGGUUUGCAAGGAAAUGAAUUGCAGGUGAAUUUGAUAAUCACUGAUUAUUGUAUGCCUGGAAUGACUGGAUAUGAUCUCCUUAGGAAAAUCAAGGAGUCUGAAAAUCUUAAAGAUAUUCCAGUGGUGAUUAUGUCCUCUGAAAAUAUUCCGGAUAGAAUAAAUAGGUGCUUAGAGGAGGGUGCAAAUGAAUUUUUCCUAAAGCCGGUUAGGUCAUCAGAUGUCGAUAAGCUAAAACCACACUUAAUGAGGAACAAAUCAAGGGACCAAUAUUCACUAGACAACCAGAAAUCAAACUAUAAGACUCAAGAGGAGCAAAUCAAAGGUUCAAUAUUUAUUGGACAACAAGAUAUCAAACUAUGAAGAAGAAGUUUUUUAUUUAGAACAAUAUCAAGAUCAUGAUUAUGUCAUGUCCUUUUCAAGAAAAAAUUACAUGAUGUACUUGUUAUUGAAAUUCAUAAU